AUGGGUUUCACCGAUCUCCUCAGCGACGCCGGUCUGACUGUGCUCAACAGCUUCCUGACCACCCGUUCCUACAUUGUUGGAUACGCUCCCUCCCAGGCCGACGUUGUCACCUUCAAGGCCCUCAGCUCUGCUCCCUCCGCCGAGAAGUACCCCUAUGCCGCGCGGUGGUACAAGCACGUUGCCUCCUUCGAGGACGAGUUCGCCACUCUCCCUGGCGAUGCCACCAAGCCCUACACCGUCUACGGCCCUGAGGUCGCCGAGGUCACCCUGAACCCUGCCAAGGCCCCCGCGGCCGAGGAGGAUGAUGAUGACGUAGACCUGUUUGGCUCAGAUGACGAGGAGGAGGACGCCGAGGCUGUCAGAAUCCGCGAGGAGCGUCUGGCCGAGUACAAGAAGAAGAAGGAAGGCAAGACCAAGCCCGCUGCCAAGUCUGUCGUGACUCUGGAUGUCAAGCCCUGGGAUGAUGAGACCGACAUGAAGGCUCUCGAGGCUGCCGUUCGAGGAAUCGAGAAGGACGGUCUGGUCUGGGGUCUCUCCAAGCUGGUUCCGGUCGGUUUCGGUAUCAAGAAACUGCAGAUCACUCUGGUCAUCGAGGAUGACAAGAUCUCUCUUAGCGACCUCGAGGAGGAGAUCCAGGAGUUUGAGGACUAUGUCCAGUCUACUGAUGUUGUUGCUAUGCAGAAGCUAUAA